GCCAUGAAGUGGAUGUUUAAGGAGGACCACUCGCUGGAACACAGAUGCGUAGAAUCCACGAAAAUCAGAGCGAAAUACCCUGACCGGGUUCCGGUGAUCGUGGAAAAAGUCUCCGGCUCUCAGAUUGUUGACAUUGACAAGAGGAAGUACUUGGUCCCAUCUGACAUCACUGUGGCUCAGUUCAUGUGGAUCAUCAGGAAAAUGAUCCAGCUUCCUUCUGAGAAGGCCAUCUUCUUGUUUGUGGACAAGACAAUCCCACAGUCCAGCCUAACUAUGGGACAGCUUUACGAGAAGGAAAAAGAUGAAGAUGGAUUCUUGUAUGUGGCCUACGGGGGAGAGAACACUUUUGGCUUCUGAGACCUUGCUGGGCUAGGUGCACCCUUCCUGCUUGUGUAUCUUGUAAAUAACUGGCUGUUCUCAGUUACUCCACCAGAACCUCCACACAGACCUACUAGUGCAUUUGUAACUGGAUUUAUUUUUUAAUAUAUUGGAAGGUUUUGUUUCCUUAGAUUAGUAAAUUAUCAUACAGAGUUUUAUUUUCAGUUUUCUUUUGUGCAGUGUCCUCAUGGCUAUAUGCUCCAAGGAACCUGUCCUCCAGAAUCAUAUUUAAUGAAGAUACUUCCGAAAUGAAGGGCGGUAGGUGUAGUAUUAAAGUGACAAGGAGGGAUGAUGCAUUGUUCUGGAUUAUGUUCGGAGUGUUAGACGGCUAAGUAUUAAAAGCCCCCAAAUUAAA